GAGUGCUGCUUGCCGCUUGCGCAACGGAAUUUUCAACUUGUGACGUUUUGGACAACAAAACCUGAACAGAACGCAUUACGCAUAUCGAGUGGCUUCGAAGGAAGUUGCGUAGUUUAAAAAAGAGCGACCUAAAACAGCUUGGUAGUAGAAAAACGAUCCCCAGUCUUAGAAGAAAUGCCAAAGAAGAACGAUAAAAAGACAGGUCAGCCAUCAGCAGGAUAUCCAGCACAGCCUGUAAUGCAAUCACAACUGCCAUAUUCUUUACAACCAACAGCACCUAGCAUGGCAAACCCAAAUGUACUAGCAACAGCUUCGGCCAAUCCUUAUAACUCCUAUGUACCAGCAAUGCCAGGAAUGCCUCCACCUCCACCAAGUUAUGAUCAAGCGAUGCAACAUCCAGCUGUACCUCCAAAUUAUAGCAGUCACACAUCAUACAUUCCUGCCCAACACCAGCCGCAGUACCAGCCACAGUAUCAAGCCCCUAUGCAUCCACCUAGCCCUUACUAUCCACCCCAAGUACAAGUACAGCAAGUUCACCCACAAGCUACGUUUGUUGUUCAAAAUGCGUUUGAUGCUGGUGCGCGAUUCGAUUCAACAUCACAAGUUAGAAUUCCUCCACCGCCUCCGGGGGUUGCCCCAAAUGCUGCCCAGGUCGCACAAUCAACUGGACACAACGUGAUGUUAGGCCAAAGAAAGGAUCGAUUUUUCGUUGGAGGAUCAGAUGGAGGAGCUACGUUUUGGUGAAAAAUUCUUUGGCCUAUUCCUUUUUAAAAAAGGAAAUCUAUUUGCCCCCAUUUAAAAUUUGUAAUCAGCAGUGUUACGUAACAAAUCGUAACAGUAUUAAUACUAUCGCUUUCAAACCUUUCAAAAAUCGAAAAUAGAGGUGCCAUGACAUACACAUUGUUAAGCUUGAAUUACGCUUCUUCUUAAACGAAAGUGUCAGUAUUAGAAUUGAGUCACUUCGUUAACCUUUUUCAUUCGUAAAUCACGUGCAUGGAACAGCAAGUUCAAAGAAAAAAUAAUAUACAAGAAAAGACCCUUA